UAUUAUUAAAUUUAAUUGCGCGCCGAACUGCAGAAAACGAAAGCAACAUAUAGUAUCCAGCCCUGUUAUAAGCCAUGGUUUUUUGUCAGUGCAGCCCUGUCACGGGUAUCGAGUACAAGUGCAUGCCAACAACAAUGCGCGCAUUGUGCAUUUGGUUUUCGCUUUAAAAAAACUAAAAAAUUGUACAAUUUGCACACGCACAUGCAAGAAAAAUGACCGAAAAGUGUGUGUGGUCAUAUAAACAAUAAUAUGCGCAAGAAAACAGCAGUAUUAAAAGCCACAAAACAAACAAAAAGUGAAUCAGAACACACGCACGCACACACGCAAAGCCCAUACUAGCACACACGUACACCUGCAACCCGCGCUCUGGAACCAGAAAUAAGUGCAAGUGAAGCAGCAGCAACAGCAGCGACGGCCACAAACAAACAGGCAGCAGAAGCAAUUGGGGAAAAUAGCUGCAACAAAGCAGAAAGAAAGGGAACAAACGCGACAACUGGAAGCAAAAGUGGAAGUGCAGCUCCACCCCCAAUUUGGUGUUGCAGUGCCAGCAGCAGCAGCAGCAACAAAAAUAACAGUCGCAGUCUAGCCAUGGCGCAGCGUUAGCAACAAAAAACAACAACAAUAACGGGGCGCACGCUUCGCUGCCCGCGCGACAGCAUUUCAAGCUUCGUCGACGCUGUGCUGCGUUUGGAAAUAAUUAGAAUUCACUUUAGUAGCAAUUUUCUGGCAGCAGCAGCAACAAUAAUAACAACGACAAGCGAAUCGAUAACAUAAAAUAAUUUAUUCAUACGUUUUGGCUGUCCAAAAUGGAACUAAAAGUUUGGGUUGAGGGCAUACAGCGUAUUGUGUGCGGCGUAACGGUAAAUACCACUUGCCAGGAUGUGGUGUUUGCCUUGGCCCAUGCCACGGGCAAAGUGGGUCGAUUUACGCUAAUCGAACGCUGGCGCAAUAAUGAGCGACAUCUCGCGCCAAAUGAAAAUCCCAUGAAGCUGCUGCUUAAAUGGGGCGAGUAUGCAAAUGAUGUGCAGUUUAUAUUGCAGCGAUCCGAAAACAAGCAGCAGCCCACACAACAACAACAACAGCAACAACUGCCCAACAACAACUAUGCAGUCAUGAUUACUAAAAAGCCGCUUGGCCCCAGCAACAGCAACAACAACAAUAAUAAUAAUGAGAGCAAAUUGCCGCCGCCGCCCACAUUGCAAAAGCAAAAGUCCAGCGUGGAGCUGGGCUAUCGCACAAAAGAGCUGAAAAAAAGUUUUGGCGGCUAUGAUGCCAAACAAUACGACAACAUUGGCAUAGUUAAAGGCAUACCACAGCAGCAGCAACAACAACAACAACAACAUACGCAGCAACAGUUGCCGCCGUCAAGCAAAACGGCCCCGUUACUGCCCAAGCAUGAGAAAUCGCUCUCGAAUCCGUUGGAUAUGAGUAGCAGUAGCAGCAGCAAUGCGCCCGUAUUGAAUGAUUACAGCGAUUUAUACAACAACAACCACAGCAGCAGCAAUGGCAACAGCAACAACAAUCCACACAUUUACAGUCCGUUGAGCAAAUCCAGCAAUGAGCUGCGACGCGCUAGUCCGAAUGAAUAUAAUAACAACAACAACAAUAGCAAUAGCAGCAAUGAGCAUUUAUGCGACAUUUAUGCCAACAGCAACAUUAGCAACAAUAACAAUAACAACAACAACUCAUCGGAGCUGUACAAACAGACGCCCACAAUUUCAUCAAAUGGCGCACUGGUGCCGCCACCAUAUCGUGAUCCGCCGCCACCGCGCAAUAGUCCCAUGUGCCAGACUCAACGCUUGCCGGCCAGCAGCAGCGCUGCUGAUACCAUAUCCAAUGCAUCCUCCACAACAAAUCCAUUUCUCAGCGACUACGAGCCACACAACAUUAACAACAACAACAAUCAUGUGAGCAAUCAGUGCAUGGAUGAGGGCGAGAGCAUGUUCCAGGCCACGCAAUAUAAUGAUCUACUGCAGUUAAUCAAGUUUCAACGCGAGAAAAUUACCGCACAGCAAUUGGAGCUGCAAAAGUUUGAUACGGAAAUUGUUUUUUUGGAAAGCAGAGAACGUGAUCAUGCGAUUGAAUUGGAGGUCAUAUCACGUGAGAUAUCCAAGGCGGAUCAAAUUUUUAGGCAAGGUAGCGAACAGCUGCAAACGCUGCAGUAUGUAGAGGAGGAGAACGAACUGGUCAAGCAGCAGGAGAAGACACUCAAAUCCGAAAUUGCUUUGCUACGCUCCAAGCUGGCUAAUUGUGAGACAGAGCUUCUGCAGUGCAAGAACAAAAUGCGUUUGCUCAUGGACGACAUUGAGCUGGAGCAGCAGCAACAGAGCAAUAGACAAACUGUGGAGCGUGAUUUUCUGAUUGAAAUGGAGCGCAUACAAAGCAACAUAGAUCAGGCGCUGCAUAAUACAGACACAUCUAACAAAACGGCUGACAAUCUCAAAAAGGAGCUGCUUAUGAUUGAACAUGCCAUUGCAGAGAAAAAGCGUCAAGUGGAGCAAUUGGUCAACGAAAUGAAGGAAGUGAAUCUGCAAAGCCUUACCGUAACUACCACCGAGGAAAUAAAGCAUUUGCUCGAGGGACCCAACAAACAGGGCAGCAGUCGCCGCAUCAUAGGUUCGCCACGACAAUUGGAGACGGCCGUGCCCACCAGCAAGAAUCCUCACGGCGUUUGGGUCUAAAACCGCGCCACAUUUAAAAGUAACAAAAUAUUUUUCUAUACUCAAGUAACUUGGGGAACAAAAGAUGAGGAAAUGAUUUACAUAUCUUGAAUAUGUAGAGCACCAAUCGUGGUUGCCUCUAUAUAACAAUAUUUGCAAAGACACAAAUUUACAACGAUAAAAUCUAUGCCUAUUUCUUCUUCAGAAAAACAAAAAAAAUACCUAAUGGAUCUCUUCAAGCAAUGUUAAUUGUUACAAAUUUUAGACACAACCCACACAAUAUUAACUUAGUGCACAACUAGUUGCAAAUUUUUUAAGAAAUUUCCAAAGUCAACAACAUUUCCACAAAUAUGUAUAAUUUUUAUGCACUUAAACCUUUUGUGCUAUAACUAUCGAUUUUUAACUUAAACUUUUAAAUAUGCCUAAUUAUUAUAAUAUAUUUUGUUGCUAGUCUAUAAAAUGUAUUUCAAUCAUUCACCAUGCGCCAUUAGAAAACGUAAAUUGUUGCAAUAAUUGUAUCUAAACGAAAAUGUAAAAUGCCUUUGUAAUGUUACAUUUCAGUUGUGCUGUUAGUGAUUUAUAAACCCAUUCCAUUAUAAAUAGAUUUAUAAUUAUAAUUAAAUAUGUACUUAGCACUUAGCGCAGCUUUAGCAAAAGAACAAAUUAGCAAUUGCUUUGUUGUUAACAGUUUCCACUUGGAAAGUGUUUAGAAAACGCUUCACAAUAGUCGAAAAUUGCAAAUUGUGUUAAACAAAUAGUACUUAAUGCAUAUUUUGUACCUUUUAUUGCAAAAUGCAUUUCAAAUUUUUUUAUUAUUAGCAAUAUUUAGUAAUUACACAAACGUUUUAGCAAAGCAUUUUUGUUGCUUAGGGCUACGUCACAGCAA